UUCACUUCAUCAAAGUUGACAUGCACAUACCAGUUUUGCUGCUACUAACACUUAGCUUCUGCCAUGUUGCGAAUUCCUUAUUAGACACCAUAACCUCCUCAAAUUACAUCCUUAAGGACCCUGAAACCUUAAGCUCCAACAACACUUUGUUCCACCUAGGAUUCUUCACCCAUUCUAACUCAUCAACCUUGUCCUACCUCGGAAUUUGGUACAUGUCCAAAUCCUCUGUGGUCUGGGUUGCCAACAGAAACCAACCUAUAAAGGAUUCUUCUUCAGGGCAUCUCAAAAUAUCUGAGGAUGGAAACCUUGUUGUCAUGAACCAACAGAAGCAGAUUCUUUGGUCAACAAACAUCACAAAUAUUACAUCCAACACAACGGCACAGCUUCAGAACACCGGAAACCUUGUGUUGCAAGAAAUCACCACAGGAAGGAUCCUUUGGCAGAGUUUCCAGCACCCUGCAGAUACUUUCUUGCAGAAAAUGGAGCUUAGCACCAAUGAGAUUACCGGCCAGAGAGUGAAACUCACCUCAUGGAGAACUCCUAAUGAUCCAUCCAUAGGAGACUUCACUAUGAGUCUUGAACCCCUUAACAUCCCUCAAGUGUUCAUAUGGAGAGGCACUCAACCUUAUUGGCGAAGCGGUCCAUGGAACGGUCAAGUUUUUAUUGGGAUACCUACUAUGAACACAAACUAUCUUGACGGGUUCUCCUUAGAUGGUGAAGGUCAAACCAACGGCACUUACUACCUCUCAUACAACUAUGCGAAUGUGUCAAUGAUGUAUGUGUUGAGUUCUGAUGGAAACUUUCACGAAACCUAUUGGGAUUAUGCAAAGAGAGAUUGGAUUGUGGACUGGUCUGCUGUAAGCUCUGUGUGUGAUGUUUAUGGAGAGUGUGGUCCCUUUGGAAGCUGUGAUCCUAAAAAUUCACCUAUUUGCAGCUGUUUGAGAGGGUUUGAGCCAAAGAAUGCUCAAGAGUGGAAUAAACAAAACUGGAGCAGCGGUUGUGUGAGGAAGAAGCCUCUGCAGUGUGAUGAGAGAGUUAGAAAUAAUGGAAGUAGUGAUGGGUUUGUGAAGCUGCAAAAUGUCAAGGUUCCAGAUUUUUCACAGUGGUUGUCUUCCAUUGCUUAUGAUUGCAGAACUGAAUGCUUGGCAAAUUGCUCUUGCAUUGCAUAUGCUUAUGAUUCUGGCAUUGGCUGCAUGUUAUGGUGUGGAAACUUGAUUGACAUACAGCAGUUCUCAAUGGGAGGAAUUGAUCUUUACAUUCGAGUUCCCUCUUCGGAACUUGAGAAGAAAAAUCACACACUGAUCAUAGUUCUUUCGGUCAUAAUAGCAAUGGCUCUUGUUGUGGCUUGUGCAUAUAUCUUGAGGAAAAGGGCAAUCAGAGGAGUGAAAGCACUUCAAAGAAUUCAGAGAAGAAGUUAUCUUAAUGAUACAAGUCAAGUUGAACUUCCGGAGAAUUCACUAUUUGAGCUUGAAAAGCUUGCUACUGCAACAAACAACUUCCACUCCAAUAAUAAGCUAGGACAAGGUGGUUUUGGAUCUGUAUAUAAGGGUAGAUUGGAAGAUGGACAGGAGAUAGCAGUUAAAAGACUUUCAAAAACAUCUGGACAAGGUGUAGAAGAAUUUAUGAAUGAAGUUAUGGUAAUAUCAAAACUUCAACAUCGAAAUCUUGUCAGACUUCUUGGAUGUUGCAUCGAAAGAGAUGAAAAGAUUUUGAUCUAUGAAUACCUACCAAACAGAAGUUUGGAUGCACAUAUAUUUGAUCCGCCUAAACAAAAGGUAUUAAAUUGGGAAAAACGUUUUAACAUACUCGAAGGAAUCGCUCGAGGUUUACUUUAUCUUCACAGAGAUUCUAGAUUAAAGAUUAUACACAGAGACUUGAAAUUAAGUAAUAUAUUGUUAGAUGACGAGUUAAAUCCGAAAAUAUCAGAUUUUGGUAUGGCAAAAAUUUUUGAGAAUACUGAAAAUGAGGCCAAUACGAGAAGAAUUGUUGGAACGUUUGGUUAUAUAUCACCAGAAUAUGCUCUACAAGGACUAUUUUCAGAAAAAUCAGACGUAUUUAGUUUCGGAGUUUUACUUUUGGAGAUUAUUAGUGGCAGAAAAAAUAGCAGCUUUUAUGAGAAUGUUGAAUCUUUGAGCCUUUUGGGGUUUGCAUGGAAAUUGUGGAGAAAUGACAACAUAGCAUCACUAAUAGAUCCAGAAAUAUCAAAUCCAAGCAAUAAAGAAGACAUAACGAGGUGCAUACAUAUUGGUCUUUUGUGUGUACAAGAACUUGCAAGCUAUAGGCCUACUAUGCCUGCAGUAAUUUCGAUGCUUAAUAGUGAGACUGUUAAUCUUCCUCCUCCCAAACAGCCAGCAUUCAUUCAAAUACAGACUAUGAUAGAUGUAGAGUCUUCUCUUAGAAAUGAUGGAGCAUGUUCCAUCAAUUACAUGAGUCUAACAAACAUCCAAAUCAAAUCAAGCAAAACCAGAUCUUCCUCCACUCUCAAAACACAUUCAUUCAUUCAUCUCUCAAUGAUGGUUAUGGGACUAAGUAGUCACUUUAUAAACACACAAGUUUUGAUAACACUUUGCUUUAGUUUCUUCCUACAUGAUGCUGGAAGUUCCAUAGACACCAUCACCUCCUCUUACAUCCUUAAAGCCCCCGAAACUUUAAGCUCUAAUGAUGGUAUGUUCCAUCUAGGAUUCUUCACCCCUACCAACUCCACCUUUUCCUACCUCGGAAUCUGGUACAUAAUCAAACCUCCUUUGGUGUGGGUUGCCAACAGAGACCAACCAAUAAAGGAUUCUUCUUCUUCUUCCUCUGGUGUGCUCAAGAUAUCUAAAGAUGGAAACCUUGUUGUGCUGAAUUCACAAGAUGACAUCCUUUGGUCUACAAAUGUGUCCAAUAUUUCAUCUAACACAACGGCUAAGCUUCUGAACACCGGAAACCUUGUGCUGCAAGAAAACGCGACAGGAAGGAUCCUAUGGCAGAGUUUCCAACACCCCACAAACGCUUUCUUGCAGGGAAUGGAACUCAGCACCGGUAACAUCAGCGGCGGCCAGAGAACAAAACUCACCUCGUGGAAAAGUGAUGAGGAUGCAUCCAUUGGGGAAUUCUCAAUGAGUCUUGAACGCCUGAAUAUCCCGGAAGUGUUGGUGUGGAGAGGGAGCCAACCUCACUGGCGUAGUGGUCCAUGGAAUGGUCAAAUAUUUCUGGGGAUACCUGACAUGGCAACCAACUAUCUUUUCGGGUUUUACUUAAGUCAAGAUAACGGCAAUACUAAUUACUAUCUUGCUUACAACUACGGAAAUCAUACUUUUCCUGUAUACUACUUAUUAAGUGUUGAUGGAAAUGUAUACGAAGUAUCUUGGGAUCCUGAAAAGAGAGAUUGGUAUAUCUCCUGGUUAGCUAUAAAUUCAGAGUGUGAUGUGUAUGGCAAGUGUGGAGAGUUUGGAAUCUGUGAUCACAUGAGCUCUCCAAUUUGCAGGUGUUUGAGAGGGUAUAAGCCAAGGAAUGAUGAGGAAUGGAGCAAACAGAACUGGAGCAGCGGUUGUGUUAGGAAGGAACCUUUUCAGUGUGAGAGUGAGAGUGUCAAAAAUAACAAACAAGAUGGAUUUGUGAAGAUGCAGAAUGCCAAGGUUCCAGCCUCUAUCUUGUGGUCGUAUGCUGCUGAGGACGAUUGCAAAGCUGAGUGCUUAGGCAACUGCUCCUGCACAGCAUAUGCAUAUGAUGCUGGCACUGGCUGCAUGUCAUGGAUUGGAAGCUUAAUUGAUCUUCAGCUAUUCUCAACUGGAGGAACUGAUCUUUACAUUCGAGUUCCCUAUGCAGAGCUAGGUGAAGACAAAAAAAAUGUCACAGUGGUCAUUGCAGUGUCAGUGAUAGUAGGGACCACUAUCAUUCUCACCUGUGCUUAUAUCUUCUGGAAAAGGAUUCAAAUCAGAGAGAGAGUGAAAAACAAACUAAGGAGAGAAGACAAUGACCUAGUAAAACUCCCAGAGCUUUCCCAAUUUGAGUUUGAAAGACUUGUUGCUGCAACAAAUAACUUCAAUCUAUCUAAUAAGCUAGGAGAAGGAGGUUAUGGACCAGUAUACAAGGGAACAUUGGAAGAUGGACAGGAAAUAGCAGUGAAAAGGCUUUCAAGAUCAUCCGGGCAAGGAUAUGAAGAAUUUAUGAAUGAGGUUAUGGUAAUAUCAAAGCUUCAACAUCGUAAUCUUGUUAGACUUUUUGGAUGUUGUAUAGAAGGAGAAGAGAAGAUUUUGAUCUACGAGUACAUGCCAAACAAAAGUCUAGAUGCAUAUAUGUUUGAUCAAUCAAACCAGAUACUGAAUUGGGAAAAACGUUUUAGUAUAAUCGAUGGAAUAGCUCGGGGUUUACUUUAUCUUCACAGAGAUUCUAGACUGAGAAUUAUACAUAGAGAUUUGAAGUUGAGUAACAUACUGCUUGAUGAAGAGUUAAAUCCAAAAAUUGCGGAUUUUGGCCUGGCAAAAAUUUUUAGUCGAACCGAAGAUGCAGUCAAUACUAGAAGAGUUGUUGGAACAUACGGCUAUAUGUCACCAGAAUAUGCUAUGGAAGGACUAUUUUCAGAGAAAUCUGAUGUAUUUAGCUUCGGUGUUUUGCUGUUGGAGAUUGUGAGUAGAAGAAAAAAUACCAGCUUUUGUGAAGAUUCUAAAUCUUUGAGUCUCUUGGGAUUUGCAUGGAAUUUAUGGAAUGCUGAUAACACUGCAUCUCUAAUAGAUCCAGAAAUAUCAAGUUCAUGCAACAAAGAAGAUAUAAAGAGGUGCAUACAUAUUGGUCUUUUGUGUGUGCAAGAACUUGCAAGAGAUAGGCCUACAAUGACUGCAGUGGUUUCAAUGCUUAAUAGUGAGACUGUUAAUCUUCCUUCUCCCAAGCAGCCAGCAUUCGUUCAGAGGCAGACUCUGCUGGAUAUAGAGUCUUCUAUGACAAGUGAUGGAUUAUGCUCCAUUAAUAAUGUGAGCCUAACAAAUGUCCAAGGAAGAUAAAAUACUUUGUUUAGGAUACAGCAAAAUUCUGAACAAUAAUGUGACACUAACAAAUAUUCAAAGUUUAUUUUAAGAAAAAUCUCAUGUA